AUGUGUGCAUUCUAUUUGCAAUUGCAGAGCAAUAUAUUCGGAGUUGAUGAGAGUUUGUUGGCCCGCGCUGAAGCUCUGGCCGCGGUGGAUAUUGUCUCGCAGACCAAGAGCCACCACCAUCCUCCACACCACAGUCCCUUCAAGCCGGACGCGACCUACCACACCAUGAACACUCUCCCCUGCACCUCCUCAUCGUCUUCUUCCUCGGUGCCUAUUUCUCACCCUUCAGCCCUUUCCGGCCACGGUCACCACCACCAUCAUCACCAUCACCACCACCACCAACCCCACCAGGCGCUGGAGGGCGACCUGCUGGACCACAUCACCCCAGGACUGGCUCUCGGGUCCAUGGCAGGGCCAGACGGCUCCGCAACUGCGCACCCUGCUCACAUGGCGGGCAUGAACCACAUGCACCAGGCAGCCCUCAACAUGGCUCAUGCCCACGGGCUACCAUCCCACAUGGGCUGCAUGAGCGACGUGGACGCCGAUCCCAGGGACUUAGAAGCCUUCGCUGAGAGGUUUAAACAGAGACGGAUCAAACUCGGCGUGACCCAGGCGGAUGUAGGGGGAGCCCUGGCCAACCUGAAGAUUCCUGGCGUGGGCUCCCUCAGCCAGAGUACCAUCUGCCGAUUCGAGUCCCUCACCCUCUCCCACAACAACAUGAUAGCUUUGAAGCCCAUUCUACAGGCAUGGCUGGAAGAAGCCGAGAAAUCACACCGGGAGAAACUCAACAAACCCGAGCUAUAUAACGGCGGAGAGAAGAAGCGGAAGCGCACGUCGAUAGCAGCACCGGAAAAGCGAUCACUGGAAGCUUACUUUGCCAUUCAGCCGCGUCCUUCCUCAGAGAAAAUCGCUGCUAUAGCAGAGAAACUGGACCUCAAAAAGAACGUGGUACGGGUCUGGUUUUGCAACCAACGGCAGAAACAGAAACGAAUGAAAUAUUCUGCAUGCGUCUGACUCUGAACACUCGCUCUAAAAAAUAAAAAAUAAACUAUCAACCUACGUUGAGAGACUGAACACUGUUUAGAGACGAUUUGUAUUAUAUUUCUUAUCACACACUUUUUCAAUCAUCAAUGACUUGUGCUUUGAACAACUCGAAUAAUUCAUAUACAUUCAAAAUGACUGAAAGCUCAAACCACUACUGCUGUCACGUCUUAUUCGCAACAAAAGGAAUGUGGAGUCUUGUACAGGAGCAUUUGAACAGAGCAAGUAAGACCUCUGUUUUAUUCUCCACCUAGACCUACUAUUCUUCACCCUUUUGUGUCAGUUAAGUAUUAUAGGCUUUAAUCACACGUAUUUUUUUGGUUUAUGAUAUUGGUUAAUUUAUCAUAGCCUACAAUAUUGAACGUACUGAAAAGAACAGUUGUUUACCCUGGGAAGAUAGGCCUACAGUAUUUUGACACAGCACUUGGUCGGUGCCUAUUGGCAUAGUAUUGGUGUGUUUAUAUUUUUGUCGCAAGGCUACA